UUGAUUCCAUUUCCACACUAUUUAAAUCGACCGAAACCUUCUUCAUCAUCGUCAUCAUCAAAACAACUAAAGAUCAGUCUCAUUAAGCUUAGUUAAGAUCAUCCUCUUCAAGAUAUGUCGUCGAAUACUACUACUGGUCAAGUCAUCCGCUGCAAAGCUGCUAUAGCAUGGGAAGCAGGACAGCCAUUGAAGAUAGAAGAAGUGGAGGUUUCGCCUCCACAGAAAAUGGAAGUCCGCGUUAAGAUCCUUUACGCAUCUCUCUGCCACACCGAUGUUUACUUUUGGGAGGCCAAGGGUCAGAACCCUGUCUUCCCUCGUAUCCUUGGUCAUGAAGCAGCAGGGAUUGUUGAAAGUGUUGGUGAGGGAGUGACUGAUCUUGCUCCAGGUGACCAUGUCCUCCCUGUCUUCACAGGCGAAUGCGGAGAAUGUGUUCAUUGUAAAUCCGAAGAGAGUAACAUGUGUACUCUACUCAGGAUCAACACAGACAGGAAAGUUAUGAUUCACGAUCAACAGUCUCGUUUCACCAUCAAUGGUCAGCCCAUUUACCAUUUCCUUGGUACCUCCACUUUCAGCGAGUACACCGUCAUCCACGCUGGUUGUCUCGUUAAGAUCAAUCCUCUUGCACCCCUUGACAAAGUCUGUAUCCUCAGCUGUGGCUUCUGUACAGGAUUUGGUGCUACUGUUAAUGUUGCAAAACCUAAAAAGGGCUCAUCUGUUGCCAUUUUCGGACUUGGAGCUGUUGGCCUUGCUGCUGCUGAAGGAGCAAGGGUUGCUGGAGCUUCUAGGAUUAUUGGUGUGGACAUAAAUUCUAGUAGAUUCGAGCUGGCAAAGAAAUUUGGAGUAACUGAAUUCGUGAACUCGAAAGAAUGUGGAAAACCUGUGCAAGAGGUGAUUGCUGAAAUGACGGAUGGAGGAGUGGACAGGAGUGUGGAGUGCACAGGAAACAUCAACGCCAUGAUUUCCGCGUUCGAAUGUGUCCACGACGGAUGGGGAGUUGCGGUACUGGUGGGAGUUCCUCAUAAGGAUGCAGUAUUCCAGACUCAUCCAGUGAACUUCCUUAACGAGAGGACUCUUAAAGGAACCUUCUUCGGAAACUACAAACCAAGAACAGACAUUCCCUCUGUGGUUGAACGCUACAUGAACAAGGAGCUAGAGCUGGAGAAGUUUAUAACUCAUGAGGUUUCCUUCUCCGAGAUUAACAAGGCCUUUGAUUACAUGCUCAAAGGAGAAAGCCUUCGUUGCAUAAUCAGUUUCGACCAUUAACUCAUCAUCAUUUCCAACACGCACGCACGCAAUUGAUCUCAGUUCAACCUUAAAGAAGUUUGUUUGUUUUUUUAUGUACUUUGUUACUCCACCCCACCCCACUCCACCUACCUAUUAAUGUUUAAUGUAUCAUCAUCAUCAUCAUGUUGUGUUUUGCUUGGACGUAAUUCUAUGUUUCUUAAUUCAUCAAUAUUGUUGUUAUAAUGUGAUUGUGACAGUAUAUGAUGAUGAUAUAUAUUAUGGAGCAAUGAGAAUGAAAGUUUUUGUUU